CCCUGGCUUUCACUCGACGUCAUGAUGAACGAGCGCUGGCGUCAUCGUCUCAGAAGCCACAACACGUGAUCCAGGACUGUCAGCCUAACAAGAUAAUACCUGGAUGGCAAUUGCGUUUGUUUCUUAACGACUUUCCUCUCCAACAAACAUGUCCGCACCUACAGAACUUCCCGUAGAUGCGGAGUCUAUGAAGAAGCUCGAGAAGGAACUCUCAAUGGAGGCUAAAUCUGAGGAAAAGAAGUUACAGUCAGCCUUCAAAGACAUGCACAAGCACGAGAAAUCAGAAGCCAAGGCUUCCAAGUCUGUAGGCAAAGCAGAGAAAUCUGUCAGGAAACUGGAAAAGCUGGAGCUUGGGACCAUCAAUUCCCUCCAUGAUAUCACCCACAAACAUGAUGUAGCUGUCGCAGACCUUCACAAUGCGCAAGCAAGCCUUCAUACCCAGCAACAGCAGCUAGAGAAACACAAACAAGACUUAUCGACUGCGCGAACACACGUCGACCAGGUCACCAAGGAUAAGAAUGAUCAUGAUCGUGAUCGUCACGAUAAAUUCAAUCAGCUGCGCUCAAGCCCGCCGACCCAGACCGGUGGUCCGAGCGCCGGCACCUCAGGUGCCUCUACUGGUCACUAGUCAGGAAAGGAUGUAGUACCUGGACCAUGCACACACGGACAGUUUGUAAUUGACGAUUUUAUAUCAACCUCAAUCCCUGUAUUUUUAUGGCAUUAUUUUCACGGCUGUAUUGAUUGUACUUUGCCCGAGGUUAUAUAAAGUAAGGAUGUACAGGCCCCAGGGCCCAUCAUCAAACUAU